AAUGUCAGCAAAUUAAUACUGACUCACCUUUUCCUUUUUCUUCGGAAAAAGCAAACGUUGAAAAAGGGAAAUAAAUAUUUACAGGUUACGGAAGCCCUCAAUAACUUCCGGGGCGACUCGAGCAAGCAGGAAACGGCGACAGUUCGAAAAGAUGGCGGCGCACACGCAGAAGAACAACAAACCGGGGAAAGCUGCGGGCAAAGAGUCGCAGCCUCUGAUAAUCGCCAAAACCCCGGCGGAGGAACAGCGUCUGAAGUUGGAGAGGUUGAUGCGGAACCCCGACAAGCUCGCCCCCAUCCCCGACCGACCGAAGGAGUGGAACCCGCGGGCUCCGCCGGAGUUCGUCCGGGACGUGAUGGGCUCCAGCGCCGGCGCGGGCAGCGGGGAGUUCCACGUCUACCGGCACCUGCGCCGCAGGGAGUACCAGAGGCAGGACUUCCUGGACAAGAUGGCAGGCAAGUUCGACAAGGACCUGGAGUAUCUGGACAAGGUGGAGCUGAACAAAGAGGCGGCCGACGAGAGGACGGCGAAGCGCAGGAAGAAGCGGGAGAAGCUGAAGCGGAAGAAGCUGCUGGCGAAGAAAGCCAAACUAGAGUCCAAGAAUAAGAAGGAGGGCGACGCCGAGGAGAGCUCUGACUCCAGUGAAGAAGAGAAGGACGAAGAGGGGGAGAGGGAGGCCGACGAUGAUGCCGAGGCACCAAGCUUCAUCAUGGGGAAGAAAUGACCCGUGUGUCCUGAUCGAGAGACCUGCGUGACGAGGAGGCGAAGUGACCCACUGCAAAGACGACAACACUGAGUUGGUGGACCCUGGUUUACCAUGGGACUGGUUUGACUGCCCAGAGACACUUCUGACUUCUCAUGAACACUGAAGUGUUUGUAGAUCCCAUGUUUCAACUAACAGACACGUUGAGGGCUUUCUUCUCAUUUCCUACAAUAGUUUUUUUUGGAACGUUUGGAAUCGAAUGCCACCUUUUUACACAACAUUAUACUUGUUUCAAUAAAAAUGAGACUGUACAAUA